GUUCGACCGAUUUCAAUUCGCCACUACUCCAACAAAAACGACAUUGGGCCAGGCCAGUUAGCUACCUCGUAAUGCGGGGCCUAGCAUUUUCCACCUCGAGGGUCCAGGUCAAUUGCCGACGAUUCCUCACUGCUCCAGCCUUUGCUGUCACCACGCCACACCACAAAACCGUUCGUUUCGUCCAGUUGGUUCGCUUCUUUUACACUCCAAACAUGGCCGCCCGCGAUCCCAGCACGGCUUCCAACUACGACGCCUGGAAGACCAAGCACACCACGGCCAACCUCCGCAUAGACUUUGAGGACAAGUGCCUUCGCGGUUCGGUCGUGUUGGAGCUCGAGUCGCGCACCGCCAAGGAGAGCAAGGAGAUCGUCCUGGAUUCGAGCUACGUCUCAGUUGAGUCUAUUAAGCUCAACGACGUUCAGACCAAAUGGGAGAUCAAGGACCGCAACGGCCCCAUGGGGUCGCCGCUUCACAUCUCGGUGCCGGAAGGUGCCGAUAGCGGUGAGGUGGUCCGGCUCGAGAUGGCCGUCAAGACCACGCCGCAGUGCACUGCUCUCCAGUGGCUGACCCCGGCCCAGACUUCUAACAAGAAGGCUCCCUUUAUGUUUUCCCAAGCACAGGCUUGCCAUGCCCGGUCUCUGUUCCCCUGCCAGGACACUCCGGAUGUCAAGUCGACUUACAGCUUCAACAUCACAUCCCCUCACGUCGUUGUAGCCAGUGGAGUUGCCACUGAUGGCGAUAAGUCUCAAGCGGAUGGUGGUGACAAGAUAUACAAGUUCGAGCAGAAGGUUCCUAUCCCCUCGUACCUCUUUGCACUGGCGUCUGGCGAUAUUGCCAUGGCACCCAUAGGCCCACGCUCAUCCGUAGCCACGGGACCGGAUGAGGUCAAGGAAUGCCAGUGGGAGCUCGAGGAGGACAUGGGCAAGUUUAUGGAUGCAGCCGAGAAGCUUGUGUUUCCGUACAAGUGGGGAGAAUACAACGUUUUGGUCCUGCCGCCCAGUUUCCCCUACGGAGGCAUGGAGAACCCCAUUUACACUUUUGCAACCCCUACCAUCAUUUCAGGCGACAGGCAGAACACCGAUGUCAUUGCACACGAGCUGAGCCACAGCUGGUCUGGCAACCUCGUGACCAGCUGUAGCUGGGAGCACUAUUGGCUCAAUGAAGGAUGGACAAUGUACCUGGAGCGUAGGAUUAUUGCUGCCGUCCGCGGGCCUGCGUACUUUGAUUUCUCGGCCCUCUUGGGCUGGAAGCACCUGGAGGAUGCGAUUGAGGAGUUUGGGGCCGAACACAAGUUUACUCAACUCUGUAUCAACCACAAGGGCAUCGACCCGGAUGAUGCCUUCAGCACGGUACCGUACGAGAAAGGAUUCCACAUGGUGUACUACCUCGACCGCCUCGUGGGCCGGGAGAACUUUGACAAGUUCAUCCCCUAUUACUUCACAAAGUGGGCGAACAAGUCACUGGACUCUUACGAGUUCAAGGACACGUUCCUCGAGUUCUUUGACAAGCCCGAAUAUGCCAACUUGAAUGAUAAGAUCGCUGGUAUCGACUGGGAGGGCCGAUUUUACACCCCGGGCCUCCCGCCCAAGCCAGAGUUCGAUACCUCACUCGUUGAUGUGUGCUACGCUUUGGCAGAGAAGUGGAAGAAGGGAGAUUACACCGCCUCGAGCAAGGAUGUCGAGGGCUGGACUGGCAACCAGAAGCUCGUCUUCCUUGGCAGCGUCCAAGACUUUGAGCAGCCGCUCGCUGCCGAGCAAGCGCAGCAGCUCGGCAAGGCCUACGACCUCAUCGAUACCAAGAACGUCGAGCUCAAGACGGCGUACUACCUGAUCGCGCUGCGCGCCCAGGACUCGACGGCCUACCAGGGGGUCGCAGACCUGCUCGGCCAGGUCGGCAGGAUGAAGUUUGUCAGGCCGCUCUUCCGUGCCCUCAACAAGGUCGACCGGCCGCUGGCCCUCGAGACGUUUGAGAAGAACAAGGACUUUUACCAUCCCAUCUGCCGCGCCAUGGCCGAGAAGGACCUCGGUCUGGCCGAGGAGGCAAAGAAGGAAUAAUGUUCUUUGUACAAACGUCGGCCUGACGUUUUUGGCAUAUAUUCAAGCUUUAGUCGCCGUUGACUGUAUAUAACAUGUCUGUAGUAUAUUGACCAUUUGCGGUCCAUAUGCCCUA